AUUCUUCAAGUGGAUUUACCACAAGGCCAACGGCGAACAACCGGUUCGGACCACCGGUACCGCACCACGAUCUGACAUCCAACAUCCUUCUUCCCUUGAUGCAUCCACCACCAUCGCUCUCCCAGAACGGUUCCCUCGUUACUCGCCUCCAGAAAUAUCACUCACUUUUGAUUCGUUUCCAUCAUGUUCUUUGGAAAUAUCGUCUUGGAUAUCUUUGCCUUGGGUGCCGGUGCUGCUGUUCUGGUUGGUUGCGCGAUUUGUCGAAGCGCACCCGAUAAUGACAACAACCAUUCUCCACAGGAGAGUCGGCAACAACCAGCGACGCGACAAAGUACCGAGAGAAUCGCAUGCGAAGGAAGCAAUGGUCUCGUUGCUGCAUCGGUGGUCAAGCCCAGUCCAGAUUUCAAGGUUGGCAUUGGGAUAGCUCAUGACAAACGGCAAAGGAAGAUUAUCAACUCCUUGACUGGCUUGUUCGCCCAGACCAACCUGAAGAGGGGCAUGUUAGUUCUGCAAAUCAAUGGCGUUCACGUGGAACGAUUGCCUCUCAAAGAGGUUGCCGGUAUCAUUUCCAACGCUCAACACUCCGUGACGGUCUUGGCCAAAGAGCCGCCAGAUUCGGAACGGUACUUGGCCGUGGCCGUGGUCAAACCUACCCCAACCGCAAAAGUGGGAUUGUCCCUGGCAAGAUGCAGGGAUGGGAAUGUGAAAGUGAGCAGAUUGAAUGGACUGUUUGCCGAAACGGAUCUGCAAGUGGGUAUGAAAAUUCUACAAGUCAAUGGAGUGGAUGUGGAUGGGAUGGAGUUGAAAGAUGUGCUCAACCUUAUUUCGUGGGCACAAGGUACCGUUACAGUUUUGGCCAAGAGACUGAGUGAUCCUAUUGCCGUUGCCGUGCAGGACGAGCCUGAGUUCAACGUGGCUUCUCUCAAUAAGGCAGAGGAAGAAGAAUUCACUAGCCGCACCAUGGACAUGAGCUUGGUCGACCCAGAGCUGGGUGAAAUACCAAAGAUCAGUGCAGCCAAUGGUUCUUCAGAAGGGUUGGCCGCCGAGUUGGAAGGCAACCAAUCGUCACAGAGAUCCCUGGAUGUUUAG